UGUGGGGAUCAAAAGCAAUGAAACGAAAGAGACCACUAGAGUCACACUCAGAUACUUUACUUACAGAUGAAACUUUUGAAAGUUUACAAAUAUCACAAGAGACACUAGCUGCUUUAGAAGAAAUGCACUUUACAUACAUGACAGAGGUUCAAGCAAGAUGUCUUCCACACGCUUUAGGAGGAAGAGACGUAUUGGGUGCCGCACGAACUGGUUCAGGCAAAACUCUUGCAUUUUUGAUCCCUAUCGUAGAACUCUUGAGCAAAGUGAAAUGGCCAAAUAAAAUGGGAACUGCUGCCGUCAUCAUAGCUCCUACAAGAGAACUGGUUCUGCAGACACACAACGUGCUAUCAGAGUUGUGCAGUCACCAUCCUCAUUCCCACUGUGUCGUUAUGGGAGGCUCAAAUCGAAAAGUAGAAGUGGAAAAGUUAACAAAAGGAACCACUAUUAUUGUAGCCACUCCAGGAAGACUGUUGGAUCAUUUGCAGAACACGAGAGGUUUCCUAUUUAAGAAUUUACAGGUUUUGGUUAUUGAUGAAGCAGACCGUUGUUUAGAUAUCGGAUUUGAGGAAGAAAUGCAUGAAAUUCUGAGGAUCCUUCCAAAGGACAGACAAACGCUUUUGUUCUCAGCAACACAAACUACUCGAGUUGAAGAUUUAAUCAAGGUUUCCUUCAAAAAUAAACCAAUUUAUGUAGGUGUGGAUGAUAAACGAGAGACUGCCACAGUAUCUGGAUUAGAACAAGGCUUUCUCGUAUGCUCAGCUGAAGUUCGAUUUCAGACGUUGUUUACAUUUCUCAAAAGAAAUUCAAAGAAGAAAAUUAUUGUGUUUUUCUCUAGCUGCAAUGUCGUCAAGUUUUAUGCGGAAUUGUUGAAUUUCAUAGACAUUCCAGUUUUAGAGUUGCAUGGGAGACAGAAACAACAGAAGAGAACGAAUACAUUUUUUGAAUUUUGCAAGGCACAGAGUGCUAUUUUACUUUGUACUGACGUUGCUGCACGUGGUUUAGAUAUUCCUGCUGUCGAUUGGAUUGUCCAAUAUGAUCCUCCCGACGAACCGAAAGAGUAUAUUCAUCGAGUAGGUCGAACUGCACGUGGAGUUGACGGAAAAGGUCGUGCUCUUUUGUUCUUGCUACCUUCAGAAAAAGGCUUUCUGCAUUAUCUUAGACAGGCAAAAGUUCCCUUACAUGAAUACGAAAUAGCGACCAGCAAGUUAGCAAAUAUUCAGAGUCAACUAGAAAGCUUGAUUGCUAAGAACUAUUAUUUGCAUAAGAGUGCGAAGGAAGCAUAUCGCUCCUAUCUUUUGGCAUAUGCAUCUCAUCAUAUGAAGCACAUUUUCAAUAUGGAAGCGUUGGAUUUGAAAGCAGUUGCGAAAAGUUUUGUCAUACUCGAUACACAAAUCUAUUAAAAAGAGACCAAAAUCACAAGGAAAACCUGACCGU